AGCCUAGGUUUGGCAAGAACUCCAGUAAAACUGCAAAAUAAGUGGUAUCUGUUUGCUACAGCCUGAAUGGAAAGGUAGCCCUAAGAGUAGAGGGGCUGCUGAUUUCUGGGGUCAGAGAAACGCCUUCCUGAGAAAGCACCUCUUCCUUUUAGAAGACGCAGGGAUUCUUUCACCCACCUCUAGACAAACCCCUUUCUGCCCUCGCUUUGGGAGGGAACCGAGGAACGUGAUUUAGGGGCGGCCAGCAACACCCUGCCGCACCAAAUGCCGUCAGAUCCCGAGCGGCGUUUCCGGAGAGUGGGGAGCCGCCGGAGCAGGGAAAGGGAAGGGAGGGAGGCACGGCCGUGCCACGGCGGGGUUCUGCGGCGGAAAAUUGGUGCCCUCCGAGCCCCGCUCUCCGGCACAUCCCCAGCCGGGCACAGCUCCCUCCGGGCACAGCCCCAGCUCCCUCCGGGCGCAUCCCCCGCCGCAUUUCCCGCGGCGGUGACGCCUCGGGUGCGGCCACUCGCCGCGGAUCUCCUCCCUCCACUUCAGUCAGCUCAUCCGGAUUUUUUUUAUUUUUUAUUUUUUUUUUAAACUCGCAAGUCGUUUUUUUGUUUUUUAGUUUUCCAUCUAUUUGGAAGUACAGGAGCAGAGGGCGGGCACCAGCCCGGUGGCUCUCCCCAAAAUUCCCCGGGAGAGAGGCGCUCCGAGGGCGCUGCCGGCUCCCGUCACUGUGAUCCCGGCUAGCCCGGCUUGCGGAGCACUCAAACUAUUCACCUGUCGACCUCGUCUGAAACAAACGGUAGAAUGUUUGUAUCUCUCAGGUCAUAGUGUAAAGAAAAGUGCAUACUUACCCACCCUAUGAACAAACAGGAUGCUCACCAGAAUCCCGAGUGUUGUUGCCCAAGCAUUCCUUCUUCUAAGCAUAGUCCUUGUUAUUGCUAUUGCAGUGAUUCAGAUAAAUCAGCAACAGAUCCUCUCCCCAGGGCUUAAGUAUGGAAUAGUCCUUGAUGCUGGAUCCUCUCGGACUACCGUCUAUGUCUAUGAGUGGCCCGCGGAAAAAGAGAACAACACAGGAGUAGUGAGCCAAACCUUCAAGUGCAAUGUGAAAGGCCCUGGUAUAUCCAGCUAUGAGAGUAGCCCUGGAGCUCUUGCCAAGCCUCUUGAUGACUGUCUGAAUAAAGUCAAGGAGAGAAUACCAGUCCAUCUGCACAAAAACACUUCUGUUUAUCUGGGGGCUACAGCUGGCAUGAGACUGCUGAGGUUGCAAAAUGAAUCGGCAGCCAAUGAAGUCCUUGCAAGCAUUCACAACUACUUCAGAGCACAACCUUUUGAAUUUAGGGGUGCGCAGAUCAUAACUGGGCGAGAGGAAGGGGUGUAUGGAUGGAUAACGGCCAACUAUUUAAUGGGCAAUUUCUUAGAGAGAAACCUUUGGAGGACAUGGGUCCAUCCUUACAGAAAAGAGACUGUGGGUGCACUGGACCUUGGAGGAGCUUCCACUCAAAUUUCAUUUAUCCCCGAGGACCCUGAGGAGCACUUCAAUAGCACCUUGCAAGUGAAGUUGUAUGGUUACAACUACAAUGUCUACACUCACAGCUACCAGUGCUAUGGGAGAGAUGAAGCUGAGAAAAGACUUUUGGCAUUGCUGCUCCAGAAAUCAAACAACGGUGCCAGUGUGGAUAAUCCCUGUUACCCUCAAAACUAUAAUACAGCAUUAAUGAUGAAGUACUUCCUUGGCAGCCUUUGUACACAGUCUCUGAGACCAGCAAAUUACUACCCAAAUCAGCUUGUGAAUUUCCAUGGAACAGGAGACCCAGGUCUGUGCCAGGAGAUGGUUUCUUUAUUGUUUAACUUCACUGCUUGCAGAGACAGAGAGGACUGUCCAUUUAAUGGAAUACAUCAGCCAAAAGCAAAAGGGAAUUUUGUGGCUUUCUCUGGAUUCUACUAUACAAUUAAUGCUUUGAAUUUAUCUGGGCACUUUUCCCUAGAUGACUUCAAUUCAAGUAUGCGGUUUUUCUGUUCACAGAGCUGGGCACAGCUCCAGUUUAUGCUGCCUAAAUUUGAAGAAAUAUAUGCUAGAUCCUACUGUUUCUCAGCCAAUUUCAUUUAUUACUUGCUUGUACAUGGUUACAACUUCAAUGCAGAAACUUGGCCACAGAUACAUUUUCAAAAGGAGGUUGGUAACAGCAGUAUAGCAUGGUCACUUGGUUACAUGUUAAGCCUCACAAACAUGAUUCCAGCAGAAGGAAAGCUGAUCCAGUUACCUCUGAAACCUUCCAUGUUUGCUGGGCUCCUCGUCUUCCUCACAGCUAUGGCACUGUUGUGUCUCCUCUUCCUCAUCUACUUGUGUAUUAUAUCGCAUCAUCGGAAGAACAUCCCUCACGUUGAACACAUAUUUAUUCCAGAAUGAAUGAACCUGCAUGAAGACAAAACAAAAAUUUUAUAGUGCUAUUAAGCAGAACUUUAUUUUGCCCCCAAUUUUUCAAAAAUAAAUACAGCAAAAAUUACUUCUGGACCAGAAGCAUAAAUAGAGAUGAGGCACAAAGGAAUCUGUGGUAUGGUGAAUUGGAGUGCUUUUGAAAUAUUUUGGUAAUUGUUUCAGUAAACCUAAUUUGUCCAGUGUGCAGCAGAGAAAGCAUGUCACUUUGCUUUAUAAGGCAUUACUUGCCUUUUCCUGACAGCUGUGCAUUAUUUUUUUUGUUCAUUGACUCUGUUAACUGGUGAGCUCAAGUAGUGAUGGAUUUGAUCACAGUGGCAAUUGUUUAAUAUAAAAUCAACAAGCCAGUAACAACUGUGGGAGGUGGGAACAUGUUGACUGUCCUUGCGUGCAGUGCUGACACUAAAAGCCCUGAAGUACAGCAAUUUCAUGACUAUAAGCCGCAUCUGAUUAUUAGCCGCACUUUCGUUCGCAGCGAGGAUGCUUGCACA